AUGACCUCUGUGACUGACAAGAAGGGGGAAGAUCCUAUUAUUUAUUUAUUCCCUCUCGAGAGAACAUCUGCGUUUGAUGAGGAGCUGCCCAAUGGCCACGCAAAUCAACCACCCGCAGAACCAGUACGCCAAAAAUGGUAUCAGUGGUUCUCCCCCAUCGAUACGGCAGAGGAGCGUCGUUUGGUCAUCAAGCUUGAUUGCUUAAUCCUAAUUUACAUUUGUAUCGCUUAUUGGGUCAAAGUCAUGGACGGAUCAACGAUUUCGGCGGCAUACGUCAGCGGCAUGAAGGAAGACCUUGCUCUCAACGGUAAUGAGCUGAAUUAUAUUGGCACUAUAAACCUGGUUGGAUUUCUUAUCCCACAGAUCCCUUUGACAGUAAUGAUGGCUCGAUGGGGCUCCAGCCAUUGGAUCCCAGCUGCAGACCUGUUUGCGGGCAUUUUCACUCUCGCUCAGUACAAGGUGUCCAACGUGAGCCAGGUUUACGCGAUUCAAUUUUUCUUAGGCGUAUCAGGAAGCUUCUAUUACCCUGGGGUUCAUUGGUACUUAGGAUCCUGGUAUAAGAGUUCUGAGCUAAGUCGACGCGGAGCUCUGUUCUUCAUCGCCAGCCAGUUGGGAUCCAUGAGUGCCAGUUACAUUCAAAGCGCAGCAUAUGUGACUCUCGACGGCAGAUAUGGCAUCGCAAGUUGGCGAUGGCUCUCUAUUAUUUGUUUUGCUAUUACAGUUCCAGUUGCGGUUGUAGGUUUUUUUCUGCUGCCUGGCACUCCCGAUAAACCCCGAGGCCGCUUCUUGACGGAGGAGGAGAUUGUUUUAGCCAAAAGACGCAUGGAAGAUGAAGGACGCGAGCCAGCUAAGCCUCUGACUGUCGCCGUCAUCAAGGACGUUCUGCUCGGGUGGCAUUUCUGGGUUUUGGUUGGCCUCACAUGGUUUUUCUCCCAGACUGGCGGCGCGAGUAUCGACCUUUGGCUCAAGGCAGAAGGCUACAGUGUUGAGGAUAUCAACAACAUUACUGGAGCAAUCCCUCCGGUAACCAUUGUUGCGUGCGUGGUAAACGGCAUUCUCUCAGAUGCCUAUGAUGCCAAGGUCGCUUUGAUUACGGCAACCGGUCUGCUGAACCUUUUUGCGGCCAUUUGCCUUGCGGUUUGGAAUAUCCCAGUUGGCCUUAAGUUCCUAUCGUACUUCAUCUUUGGGACUGCAUACGGUAUCGCUGCUGUCAUUUACUCCUGGGCAAAUGAGAUCUGCGGUGGCAGCUCCGAGGAACGGGCAAUCGUUCUCAGCAGCAUGAACACAAUCGGGAACGUGUUUAGCGCAUGGGUACCGCUACUUGUUUGGAAAGUGACCGAGGCCCCUCGCUACCCCAGGGGUUUCAUAUGGACCAUCACGCUGAAUGUUGGGAUGAUAAUCAUGGCUUGGGUUACUCGAUACUUUUGGCGCCAAGAGAAAUCCAGAAGACACGUGUCGAGUUAA